AUGCCGGCUCUCAAACCAAUCACUCUCUAUAGCCACGGCGAGACCCCCAACCCUCGAAAAGUCGAAAUAAUUCUGAAGGAGCUCUCCGUCCCGUACACGACCUCCCACGUCGAAUGGGGCGACUUGCACAUAAAGCCAUUCACGGACAUCACGCCGAACGGACGGGUGCCCGCAAUCACAGACCCAAACACAGGAAUCACACUCUGGGAAACCGGCGCGAUCAUUCAGUAUCUGGUUGAGACGUACGACAAUGACAGGAAGAUCUCUUACACCAGUUUUCCGGAGCGGCAUCAGCAGACGCAGUGGUUGAUGUUCCAGGUGUCGGGCCAGGGUCCAUAUUACGGGCAGGCGUCGUGGUUCCAUAUGUUUCAUUCGGAGAGGCUUCCUAGUGCGGAGGCCAGGUAUGUGAAGGAGGUGGAGAGGGUAAUUGGGGUGCUGGACUCAUGGCUGCAGGAUCAUGAGUUCCUCGUUGGGGAUAAAGUCACAUAUGCGGAUCUCAGCUUUGUGCCAUACGCGGCGGUGGUGAUGAAUCCGCAGUUUGAAUUUUUGACACAGGGGGGGAGGUUGUUUGAGGGAGGGAAAUAUCCCGCUUAUCGGGCGUGGCUGGAGAAGUUGAUGGCUAGGGAGAGUGUCAAAAAAGACAAGGCUUAG